UGUCCCCUCCAUGUGAGAGCGGUUGAGCUCGCUGGAUCGAAUAAAAAACGGCGUCAAUGCCGAGGCCGCUCACAGUCACAGUUGGCUUUAUUCACGAAUCCACGAUUCGCGAGCCGCAGAGCAAAAUCAGAUGAGAAAAAAAGGCGAAACUACAAUAAUAUAGUAUUCAAUAGUUCAUGGCACAUGUUGAAGACGCAAGCAACAUGGAAGAUCCUCAGAUAUUUCCAUUAAAAAUGCUCUCUCCUCCACCAAGUUUCCUGGAUCUUUCGCUCUCACUGGCGGUCUAUUUUUCCCGAGAAAAUUUUAUCGUUUCGCUCGAAAGUGUCGCCGUAUUACUGUUUCGAUUGGUUUACUUUGCGCGGAGCUUUCUUCUUCCGAGGGCGUGAGAAUGAUUGGAGGAGGACUGCAAGAGGGAAGGUCACUGGCCGAGACGCCCACCUACUCAGUUGCUUCCGUGGUUACGGUCAUGGUCUUCGUCUGCUUUGUGGUGGAGCGGGCAAUCUAUAGAUUUGGAAAGUGGUUGAAGAAGACGAAGAGAAAGGCUCUGUUUGCUUCUUUGGAGAAGAUCAAGGAAGAGCUGAUGCUGCUUGGACUAAUAUCUUUGAUGCUGGCACAAUGUGCAAGGUGGAUCUCUGAAAUUUGUGUGAACUCGUCCCUCUUCACCAGCAGAUUCUACAUUUGUUCAGAAGAAGAUUAUGGCACCAAUGAACACGUUAUGCUUGAAAGUUCUUUUCUAUCUCCUAAUGAAACUGGCAGUCCUACAAGAGGAUCAAGUGCUCUUCUGCAUCAAUGUGGUGAGGGUCGUGAACCUUUUGUUUCAUACGAGGGACUCGAACAGCUUCAUCGCUUCUUAUUCGUUCUUGGGAUCACUCAUGUUCUUUAUAGUUGUCUUGCAGUCGGUCUGGCAAUGAGUAAGAUUUACAGUUGGAGGAAAUGGGAAAAUCAAGUUAGAUUAGCUGCUGAUGAAAAUUUGCCAGCUAGGAAAAAUAAGGUGAUGAGGCGGCAAACGACAUUCGUAUUCCACCACACAUCUCAUCCAUGGAGCAGGAGUCGUGUCCUCAUUUGGAUGCUUUGUUUUCUACGUCAGUUCAAGAGUUCGAUAAAGAAGUCGGACUACUUGGCCCUCCGUUUGGGAUUCAUUACGAAGCACAAACUACCAAUUUCUUAUGACUUCCACAAGUAUAUGGUUCGGAGCAUGGAAGACGAGCUCCAUGGAAUCCUUGGAAUUAGCUGCCCACUAUGGGGCUACGCCAUUCUUUGCAUCUUUGUCAACAUUCACGGUCUAAAUAUCUACUUUUGGCUUUCUUUCAUACCGGCCGCUCUUGUUAUGCUGGUUGGGACAAAACUUCAACAUGUAGUCUCCUCUUUGGCUCUUGAAAUAGUGGAACAAACAGGUCCAGCAAUUGGGACUCAAAUAAAACCAAGAGAUGAUCUGUUUUGGUUUGGAAAGCCUGAGAUAUUACUGCGGUUAAUACAGUUCAUCAUAUUUCAGAAUGCAUUUGAGAUGGCAACGUUUAUCUGGUCUUUGUGGGGAUUUGAGGAGAGAUCUUGCUUCAUGAAGAACAGCUUUAUGAUAAUCAUGAGAUUGACGUCCGGUGUUCUUGUUCAGUUUUGGUGCAGCUACAGCACAGUGCCACUGAAUGUAAUUGUUACACAGAUGGGAUCCAAGUGUAAGAAAGCAUUGGUGGCUGAGAGUGUGAGAGAGUCACUGCAUAGUUGGUGCAAGAGAGUAAAGCAGAGGUCCAAGCGUGACUCUGCACAGUCUGUCACUACAAGAUCGGUAUGCUCGCUGGAAUCAAUGGUCGAUGAGCGCGAUGAAAUAACUGUUGCGUCGGGUACGUUGUCACGGAGCUCAUCAUUCGACGAUUUGAAUCAGGUAACGAUACAAUCUUGCGGACAACUGGAGGCCAUUAUUGAAUCUUCAAGCUUCCAGAAGCAUGAACUUCCCCCCAAUAUGGCGAGAUAUCUAUCAGAAGUUGCAAGUGUUUCUCAUGCUUCUGCUAACGACCAAGAAAAUAAUGCAGAAAGUGGAGAAGAUAGCAAGGUCGAGUCUCUUUUCGACUUGUUCCAAAGGACAUGAACACGUUUAUUUCAUUCUUUUUAUUCAUCGUUUCUUCAUCUUCUUUUUUCCCAACUCGAAUCUCUUAAAUUUCUCCAGCUAAUAUCACAAUUUUUAUUUUAUUUUUUAUUUAUUCACUUUUUUUCUU